AGUGCAAUCAACUUGGGGCAAUACUCGGACUUAACAGUCACCUGUGGAUCAGACACGUUUCUCGUUCACAAGGCCUUUGUCUGCCACAGCUCUACUUUCUUCCAGAAAGCAUGUCAAUUUCCAGGAAAAGAGGCUGAGAACGAUCACGUUCAGCUUCACGAUGAAGAUCCCGAUAUGGCUCGUCGCAUGAUUACCUUCUUCUAUCUUGGAGACUACGACCCUACCUCGUGUUUCAACAUCACCAAUCUUACGAAGGUGCCGAAGGGUUGCGGAAUAGCUACCUACGACACAGUGAUCCACAACCGCUACCUACGUCAUGACCAGCCGGCCAAUAAAUCUAUACACGACAACAGUGGCUGCGCUUGCAUUUCUCCUGACCCAUGCCGAAACGCCCAGCAGGACAUUGUCCGACCAAAAUGGGCACCUAUGGAUGCAGUCCCUUGGUUGAGAGAGUUCUACUUGACGCAUAUCGCUCAGGUCACGAAUCCUCUGCUUAUUCAUGCUUCUAUGUAUGCCAUGGCAGACAGAUAUGGUAUCCCGAAGCUUACUGCAUGGUCCAAAAAGAAAUUUGCCGACACUAUUCAUGACCACUGGGAUUCAAAGGACUUUAUUGAUGCGGUAGUCCAUAUCUACGACUCUACCCCUGAUACGGACCGAGGAUUGAGAGAUGAAGUUGUCAAGGCGCUUAAGAAAUAUUGCGGAUUUGACGUGGCAAAAGUUCCAGGAUUUGAAGCGAGAUUGCUAUACUUUAACGACUUGACACUCACUAUGCUGAAGGAGUGGCCGAAGCAGGAUUAG